GUCCUUUGUCUCUGUUGUCUCCCAGCAUUUAUGAAGAGACGUUGACUCCUUCACCAUGUUGCUCUCCUUGUUGCUGCUGCUGCUGCUGGUCAGAGCUUCACAAGCUUCUCAUUUUCUGGGCACCAUGAUGACCUACUACCCAGAGGAAACUUUUGCAGAUGGUUCAGUCUCAGUGAUCCUUCGCUAUAAGUUGAAUUUUGUCUCAUGCGUAGAUAGUGAUGCAUGGCAAUGUAAUGGCAACUGUGGAGCACAAACCCAAACACUCGGUUUGUCUGUGGUUCAGGAAGUAAGUGGUGAAUGGUGUCAGAGAGAAGGAGCGAUAACUCGUCUGCUGCCCAACAACACUGGAUUUGAGACUCUGUUGGCUGGUGGAGACUGGAUCAAUAGCAUACAAAAUGGGAUUGUAUCCUGGAGAGCUGUGACUGCUGUUGAAAUGAGGAACCGGUCGGACAUUGGAAAACCCAACACAUCCCCACAGACCACCAUCCUCCCUGCUUUGAGAAUUCCUUCAAACUGUGCCAAAAACAUAAAUUUAUUGGCCUUUGACCCUGAUGGAGACAAAGUGAGAUGCAGAUAUGGAAACACAUCAGCUUCAGAGUGCGACCCGUGUACACCACCGUCUGUCCUCAGCGUCUCAUCCAACUGUUCUCUGCCAUUCAGCCCAACCUACAGCAAUACUGAGCUUCAUUACGCCGUCCAGUUGGUGAUCGAGGAUUUUCCCACACAAAACAUGAACUUGAUUCAAACUGACGGCUCACAGGUGGUGAAAACUACCAAUGAUGCCAUCAGCAAGAUACCUCUGCAGUUUGUUUUGAAAGUGGGUCCACCAGUACCGUCCUGUGAAGAUGGCGCCUAUCUGCCCAGAUUUCUGCCUCCAACUCCAGAAAACAGAGCUCAGCUCUUCGCCCCUGCUGGUCAGGCUCUGGUAAUCAACAUCAGAGCUGAGGCGACUCAGUCUGUCAUCACCGGCCUCCUGUACAGCGGACCUUACAACGCGGUGAAGAAUUCCUCGGGAUCAGGAAACUUCUCUCUGACCUGGACGCCAUCGGCCAGUGAAGAUGGACAGAGCCACCCCAUCUGUUUUGUUGUCCAGGCAAAUUACUCGAACACUUUGUUACACUCUGACCUUCGGUGUGUUAUCGUGACGGUUGGAAACAGCCCAACAACGACACCAAUCCCAGCUGUAGCUUCCACAAACCAAACGACUCUGCAAACCACCGUAGCUCCAACUACAACUACAACUACAACUACAACUACUACACCAAACCUCACUGUAUCAGCUGCAAACCAGACCAUUCUCCAAAGUACAGCAGCUACAAUUGCAACUACUACUACUACACCAAUCCCCAUUGUAGUAUCCACAAACCAAACGACCGAGCAAACCACCGAAGCUCCAACUACUACUACAACUACUACUACUACACCAAUCCCCAUUGUAGUAUCCACAAACCAAACGACCGAGCAAACCACCGUAGCUAUAACUACAGCUACUACCACCCCCACCACCCUGGCUUCAACCGAAGCAAACGUAACAACCUCGGCUCCAGGACCUCAAUAUAUUAUCGCUCUGAACAUGAUGAUCUCUACCACGCUGUCGCUGGGGAAUAAUUCUGAUUACAUCAUAACUCUGAUUAAAAACAAACUGAUUGAGAAAGGGCUGCCUUCAACCAUAAGUCUUCGCCUCCUGAGCAGCGGUCUGGUGGCCGUCACAACAGCGAGUCCCUAGAGGAACAUCACCAAGAACUAACUGAUCGCCACAGGAAAAUACGUUCAGAAGACAUGAAUAUCUUUUUUUUAGGGGUGAUUUUAAAAAAAAUCCUUUUGUGUUUUUAACACCAUCAAUCAACCUGUAUAAUUUCUGGGCAUAAGACAAUAUAAUAAUAUGAUUCUGCAUAUAAUCUGAAUUUUUUGUAAUUUCUGUGGAUUUUACGUUACAAAAAUCUGUAUUUGUAUGGAAUAAAAUGAUAGUUAACAUUUGUUUCUGAAACACCGUUGGAAUGUAGCAGGUAAAUAUAGCCAUAUGUUUCCACAUGUACAUGAAUAUCUGAGAAUAUUUUGAUAAUUUUGGGGGUGAAACAGGAUUUAAUCUGUGGACCUGAGAAAAGUUUGAUCUUAUUCUGCAUGCAAACAUUACAUUCUGAAACAUUUUGCCAGUUUAUUCAUAAAAUACAGAGUUUUAUUUAA